UCGCUCGCAGACCGCCCGGGGCGGGGAGACGGGUGAGGUGAGGCCCGGCGCUGCGGCCGCAGUGCCAGGGUGACCGGUAGUGCUGUAGCAGAGGUGGCGGCUCAACGCGGCGCGGCGCUGGGUGGAGCGGGGGAAAAGAAGAGGAAGGAGGCGUCGGUGUAGGAUGGCGGGCAACGUACCUACGAGCGGCUGAAGCUGCAUAUUACACCUGAAAAAUUUUAUGUGGAAGCUUGUGAUGAUGGAGCAAAUGAUGUACUUAUCAUCGACCGCGUGUCCACAGAAGUUACCCUCUCAGUCAAGAAAGAUAUUCCUCCCUCAGCUGUCACAAGACCAAUAUUUGGUAUUCUGGGCACAAUCCAUCUGGUGGCAGUUACAAGAUAAUAAAACUUUCUUAGCAAUGAUAAACCACGUCUUGACUGUGGAUGGGUUUUACUUCUCAACAACAUAUGAUUUGACCCAUACUUUGCAGCGACUGUCCAACACUAGUCCAGAAUUCCAGGAAAUGAGUCUCUUGGAAAGGGCAGACCAGCGGUUUGUAUGGAAUGGUCAUCUUCUAAGGGAACUUUCUGCUCAGCCAGAGGUCCAUCGGUUUGCUCUUCCAGUAUUACAUGGCUUUAUUACUAUGCACUCAUGUUCCAUUAAUGGAAAAUACUUUGAUUGGAUUCUCAUCUCAAGGAGGAGUUGUUUCAGAGCUGGUGUGCGCUAUUAUGUGAGAGGAAUUGAUUCUGAAGGCCAUGCAGCUAACUUUGUAGAAACAGAACAAAUUGUGCACUACAACGGGAGCAGGGCUUCAUUUGUACAGACUCGAGGAUCAAUACCACUUUACUGGUCUCAGAGACCAAACCUCAAGUACAAACCACAGCCACUGAUCAACAAAGUAGCAAAUCAUCUGGAUGGUUUCCAGAGGCAUUUUGAUUCACAAGUAAUUAUUUAUGGAAAACAAGUCAUAAUCAAUCUGGUUAACCAGAAGGGCUCAGAGAAGCCACUUGAACAGGCAUUUGCAGCAAUGGUGUCUUCCUUGGCGAAUGGAAUGAUCAGAUAUAUUGCCUUUGACUUCCAUAAGGAAUGUAAAAACAUGAGAUGGGAUCGACUAAGUAUUUUGUUGGAUCAGGUGGCAGAAAUGCAAGACGAAUUAAGUUAUUUUUUAGUGGACUCUGCCGGCAUGGUGGUGAGUAACCAGGAAGGCGUGUUCCGCAGCAACUGCAUGGAUUGUCUGGACAGAACCAACGUGAUCCAGAGCCUGCUGGCCCGUCGUUCGCUCCAGGCCCAGCUUCAGAGACUAGGAGUUUUGCAUGUGGGACAAAAGCUUGAAGAACAAGAUGAAUUUGAGAAGAUUUACAAAAAUGCCUGGGCUGACAAUGCAAAUGCCUGUGCCAAGCAGUACGCGGGAACCGGUGCCUUGAAGACCGACUUUACCAGAACUGGGAAGAGAACUCAGUUAGGACUUCUAAUGGAUGGCUGGAACUCACUCAUACGGUACUACAAGAACAACUUUUCUGAUGGAUUUAGACAGGAUUCCAUCGACUUAUUUCUUGGGAACUACUCAGUGGAUGAAUUAGAAUCUCACAGUCCUUUAAGUGUUCCAAGGGAUUUGAAAUUCCUAGCUUUGCCUAUUAUCAUGGUGGUUGCCUUUUCCAUGUGCAUUAUUUGUUUGCUUAUGGCUGGUGACACCUGGACAGAAACACUGGCCUAUGUGCUCUUCUGGGCAGUUGCAAGCAUUGGAACAUUUUUUAUCAUUCUUUACAAUGGCAAAGACUUUGUUGAUGCUCCCAGAUUGGUACAGAAAGAAAAGAUAGACUGAAUUUGUGUCUGUGGAAAGCGGCUUGGCUUGGAAGACUCCAUGAUGCAGAACUGGAGUCUUUACUGACCCGCUUUCCACAUCGGCCUGAGGUCUUUUUUAUCCAGAAGCACGUGUUGUGCUUUGUGUGAGGGUGAUGACUUAGAAUUGACCUGAUGUUACUGCCUUGAUGAUCUUCUUACUGUUGGGAUGGUUAUAUUUAUAAUUUGAAGCUAUUCUAUAACUAAAAUGUAGCCUGAAUUCAGCUCACGGAACGGAAGGAAUCUGCUCACUGUCAAUUUAAUCAACUGUUGCAGAAUAAGUAAUAUAUUUAAAAAGUCUAAUGUCAUUAUUUAAAACAGUAAAACUAUUUUUCUAGCUCUGUGUUUUGUCACUGUAGAAGCAGUUGCUGUUAGCAAGCAUACUUUUGGGGCGAAAUAGCCUGACUGCGCGCCGAGGAGGAGGAGCCCGGGUCUCGUGUUCCUCUGCAGUUUUAGUUGGGCUGCCUUAGGAGAGUGUGAUGAAGAGAGUUAGAAUAUACUUUAUCUUUUUUAAAAGGUGUAAAUGAAAUCAAAGAAUGUAAAGUCUUCUCUUACGCUAAAGGUCCAAAGCCGCCUGUGUUGUCAGGACUGCCCCGGCGUGGAAAAUGCCUUUGGUGGGUCAGAGUCGUUGGGCUCCUCUGAGGGUCAUCCCUCGGAACGUGCCGGCCCGUGCGCGGGUCUGGUGCUGAAUUCGGUGUCUCACUUGGAGGCAGCGGCUGCUUUUCCACGCACGGUAGUAGUGAUGCUUUUCACUCUGUAAAGGUUUUUGGUAGCUGUCAGUAAGUGUCUACAAUUUAGUGCUUCCAGGUAGUUAUAGUUCUAAUCAAGGACCAACUUAAACUUUAUGUGCAAAAGCAAGCCUGAAAAACAGGCUUUAGAAGUUGCGCAGAGUUCUAAGUGGACAUGUGUUCAAAUUAUAAUUAUGAAGUUUAAAUAUUAGAAAAGUAUGUGAGGUGGUAUAACUGCCACUAUUUUAAAAUAGCUCAAAUACUGCUCCAGUAUUUGUGUUGUGCUUGAAAAAAUGUAGUUUCGCUAGUAAUACCUUUUGUUGUCCUUAAAUAUCUCUAAAAGCGCCUUGAUUUCAGCAUUACCUUUUUUUCAAUAUUACCUUUUAUAAACAUUAAUAAGAGUUGUUGCUUUUAGAAACUCUAAAGGAAAUAGCUGGAAAACCCUGUGUAGCUUAAAAUCAGUCGUUGACAUUCACAAUAGGGUAAGUAAUUAGAACUACCUACUCUCAAGAUGUAAAUAAGUAUAAUUUGUUCCAAAGAUGAGCUAUCUAAACUUAGUUCAUGUCUGCUGUAAUAUGUUACUCAGAUGCUACUGGGCAUUUACAUUAAGAACUUAUUUUAACACCACAAAGACCAAAUCUGAACUGCUAAUGUGGCCGUUUUGCAGUGAGUAGGCUAAUCGGUGUAUUCAAUCUUAAGGUGUCAAUAUUCCAGAAUUCUGCAGUGAUUUUAUUUCUAAAUUCAUGUACUGUAAAUCCAUAAGUGAAAAUAAAAUGUCAUAUUCUUUUCUAA